AUGUCUUUGCAACAAUCGCCCUUGGAAAGCCUUCCGAAUGAGCUUCUGGAUCAGAUCAUCACAGAACUCUCGGCUUCCCCUCCUUCUCUGGCCAGGGUGCACAAGCCUCCUUGUAUGCGUAUUACUACAUCUAGAACUAGGGAUUUGAAGAAUCUUGCACGUACCUCCUCCCGAGUCCUGGAGCUGGUGCGACCCCACCUCUUCGCUCACGCAUGCUUCGAUAUCAAAGAUGUAGCGGACUUUGUUUCCUUCAUAACGAGUUUAGAACUUGGUCGAUAUGUAAUAUCGAUUGUGGCCAAGGGCAUGGACUCUCCCGAUCAUCGAGAGGAUCCCUAUUGGUGGCGCCCAGUGCUCGAUAGUCUCGAUCCGCUACGGAUCAUCGUGAUUGCACCUCCCCAAUUUCUAGCCGCCAUGCUUGACACACGGAUCAUGGACGGACACAGCUGGGCAUUCGAGGUUCCUUUCCAGGUUCUACAGUUGGAACAGAAUUCGCGGGUCUGCGAGCCUUCUCUACUAUCAGAGACAAAGCAUCCAGCCAGUCUGCUUGAGACUCGGGUAUGGUCUUCCUUUGCCUUCAACGAGUCUUCGUCGCUCAGGGCGUACAAUCACUACGAGUAUUUCAUGUUCCAGGUUCCUUCCCUGUUCAAUAAGUGGGGAACUGUGGCAUCCACACAGCUGUUCUCGGAGAGACUGGAUCUUUCCCGCUCAUUGAAAUCAUUUACGUCGUUCAAAUAUACGGCAGUGUUCCCGUUCUAUAACCAUGUCAAAUUAGUCUUGGAUGCCGUUGAAUUGAUGACAAACCUGCGGUCAUUGAGCAUCCAACUUGCCCCUUCUCCAAAUGAUAAGAUUACGGAGAUGGAACAGAGAGGUUCCAUGGAUCCCAGUGACCCAUGGAUGGAGAUUGCUACCGGGUAUUCACUUAUUGCCCACACUGUCAGGAAGAUGGGAGCUUUAGCUUGUCUCGUGAACUUCCAUACCCCGGAUUACGAGUUUGAUGCUCUGCGUUCAGAACUAUCCACUAUCCUAGGGGAUGUGUUGGACAGCAGCGGAUGGGUACAUGAUGAGAGAGGGACUUGGACAAAAGUAUCAUCGAAUGGCGAUAAUGGUCGGCUGGGUUCUCCUACGACGCCGAUAGCGUUCUCUAGUUCAAGUCCCAACCAGAUAUGGGACGAUUCAAGUAGUUCUACUGGGUGGAUCCUGGCUAAGAGCGGCGAGCUGGGCUCUAAUAACCGCGCACAACAAUUCCCUAAGACGCAAGUUUACUGGGAUUUUAGAUAUCCUCAGCACAAUUUCAGAAUCCUACUCAAUAGACGCGUUGCAGAGCUACGCGUUUUCUCCACCGUCCAGUCCGAUCCACUGAAGAGUAUUAUGUCCAAUAACGCUUAUAUUGGGGAUGCUGAGCCAGCAUCGCCUGUUUUGGCUCAUACUAUGUUGCCGUCUGGCUCAUCAGCAGGGAUCAAACACGAACAAGGUCAACAACACCCUGUGGAACACAGCUGGAAUCUUUCAGAUGACGUGCAAAAGGGACUUCACAAUGGUCCAGGCAGCGUUUUUAGAAGUGGCAUAGUCAUUGGCUUCUCCAGGCUUAGAGACGCACACAAUGAAACCAGUGAUGAGGACGAGUACAUCGGAACACAACAGAAGAUAACUAACAACAUCAAGCUCCCCCGCCACCUCCUCACAACCUAUCUACAUCAACACCAUCCCAACCAAACAAAAGUCUACAUAAUCCACCCCGUCAACUUCAGCGCCUUCACUCCUCAACGCCUCCUCGCCUCCCUCCUCAACAAACAACCCUCUCUAUCCCGAAAUCAGGCAAUCGCCCUCCUUGACUCCGUCCAGCUAUUCCCCGUCUACGACUUCAACGCAGCCGCACAAGCCAUACACGAGAUCGCAACUACCAUAUCAACCACACCGUUGACAGAAACACCAGAUCAGCGCCUCAUCAUAAUCACAGGCCUGGACACCCUAACCGAGGGCGUAAUACGUGCUUCGAACCCCCUUCGGGGAUCUGCAAUGCUCAUGUCUAUAUUACGUACACUAACGCAGUUGACUCGAACGCACGCAUCAAUUCUCUCUGUGAUGCUGGUGAAUACUAGCGGAUUGGGGAAGGUGGCGUCGUCUCAGAGUGGGGCGACGGAGAUUGAUGCUAACGCUAUUGGGGGAAUGUAUGAGGUGGAUGGCGAGGGGAUUCAGUCUGUGUUUCGUGCGCAUAGUAGUGAGAUGUUUCCGAGUCUUUUGAUGAAGACGCUGGAUCAGGGGAUCGAUACGCAUCUGUUGGUGUCGAGUAUUGGAAGGGUUCCGGUUGUGGAGGUUAUUAAGGAUAGAGUGGGUGGGAAUGUUGGGAGGUGGUGUGUUCUGGAGGUAUUCCCCGCUUACUCCACUUGA